AUGUUGAAUCGCUUCAGCUCUCUUUUUAUCGGUGUGAUUUUAACGCAAGUUAUUCUCGCUAUGGAAUGCGUUCUCAUUGAAAAUCCUCCGGAAAAUGUUGCAAUGGCUAACAAUCGAACGAUUUUGAAUCCAAUAACUGUUAAACAAACCCAAGGACUUUCAAGUUCGACGAAUCCAACGCCUCUUUCGGACAAAGCUAAAACCGAGAAAACGACGCAGCUUCAAAAACUGAUUCAACAACUUUAUUUAGCUCAAGCUCAAGUUCAGCUCGAAGCAAAUGAAAUCGCUAAAGCUCAAGCUGUUGCAGCUGCUGGUCAAAAAGAUCUCGAAGAAGCCACAAAUAAUGUUCGGAUCAUCACUUCGGGGCUUCAUCUUGCCCAACAAGCAGUUGCUCAAGCGGCUCUUCGAGCUCAAACCGCUCAACUUCAACUUGCGGCUCAUGAUCAACUUCUCUUCACGGCGCGACAAAAGGUUGACGCUUUAUCCGCUCAAAUGGUUGGAUUGCAAGCUGAAGUUGGAAUUGAAGUAGAAAAUAACUUGCCCGUGAAUAUGAAAGAACUGCUUCAGAAGUUGCGUGAACCGUUGAGUGAGAAGGAGAAACCAACGCCCAUUCCGACAUUGAUUAAUGGCGGCAAUAAAGAAGAAGAUACGAAGUCGCCGCGUAAGCGAGAAAAUCCGACAGAAUAUCUCUCCGAUUAUGAUCCAAUUUAUUUCUCGAAUGACGACGAAAGCGACGACGAUGACGAUGAUGAUCGACAGGAAUGA